GUUGCUUCAAACAAAUUCGGUAUCUUUGUUCUUUUGCAGCAGCAGCAGCCACUCGAACGCAUUAUUCCAAGCUUACGCACUCUUCGACUGACUGAUCCUAAUCCCAAGUCCUUCAGUUGUGCCUGCUGGACCAGCAGCUGCAAUCUUCACCAUGACCGACACGGAGAAGAAAGACGUUGAGACUCCCUUCACCCUGGCGACCGAGGAUGCACCAAAGAACGUAACAGAUGCACCGGUACCGGUAGCACUAGACACCGAAGAGGACGUGGCUGGAUUUUACAUCAACAAGAGUUGGUGGUCCAAGAGAAAUUUUGGCCAGUAUCCUGAACGAGGCUACAAACCCGUGUACCUCAACGAACUCAAUGAUACUCUCUGGUACGAAUUCAACCGCGAUGUCCAGCACUACCAAAAGUACUAUUCCCACAUUUCGUGGUUCUACAAGUUCUGCAUUCUCGGACCCACUGCCUGGUUCCUUUUAAUGGUCCUUCCAGACUUGCUUUGGUACUACGACAUUAUCUUCAAGGGGGUAGGUGUGGUCUGUGGAGUUGUCCUGGCGAUAGCAUUCUCCGUCGACACCUACUUUCAACGUCGUCUUUUGCGCAGGAAGAUUCAACCCAUGUACGAGCUCUUGGUGGCAACGUACGCGGCUCGAUUCCGAUUGCAUGGGUACAACGUGGCAUACAAAACCGAAAGGACAGCUCUGGAUGGGCUCAACUCGUACAUCAUGUUCCGAAAGUGUUCCGUGGAUGACAGCGCCCAACCACAACCAAUUGAGCCAGUAGAGUUUGGCUUUUACCUCGACGAAGACAUCAUCGGAAAGAAGCCUUAUGCAGUGGGUAUGUCGUCCACCGUCCAACCACCUCGUUUUUUCCAGGGUAUUGAGACGGAUACUUGGAAGUCGUUUGCCAAGGACAUUGAAGACCGUUCGAAGACUCCCCCGAAAUACCUCUUGGUCUACACGAUUGGAAUGGGAAUCGUCGUCGGUACCUUUGCAUUCUGCAUUCUCUAUUCUAUUAUCUACUUUAGUGCCAUCCGCCAUUGGUUUUUGAUUGCACUUGUGCCUCUGCACCUGUUAUUUGACGUUAUGAGAAGUUUCCGAAGACGACACUAUGUGGAAAAUGUUUUGGUCGACGACAUGAAAGCACUUUUGAAAGAGUACGAGCCGAGGUUUGCAAAGUCGGGAUACGAGGCAUCCUUUGAGCUUGAAUACAAGCUUGGCUACUUUGUUGUCAACACAUUUUUCAACUUUAUCAAGAAGAAGGGCGCCAAAUAUGAGGUGGCUCCUCUCUCCGAUGCCUCUGUGGUUUAAAAAGAAGUGCAGCAAACAAACAAAAAGUUCAGGGUCGUUUCGUGUUAUGGUUCAUAGGUUUCUUUUGUGUUUUUAUAAUCUUCAUCAAUACUCUUGCCU